GAAGGUAAACUGGUGGCCGAUGGGCUUUUCACACUGAGCGGCCACGGAGGAAGGGAAAGGCGUGAAAAAGUCUGCUUCUGAACGGUCGCGCCAGCGUGCGGGAAGCAAACACCCGUUUUAAUAGAGAAAGGGGAGGGAAAAAAAACAAAGUCAAAACACGAUGACUGUGAGACCAUUAACGAAAUCCGAUACCCUCGUCAGGCGGGAUCUGUCAUCCUAAACUUUUGUAGAUGGUCAUUUAGCUUUACAGAUUGCCCUGAGGAAUUCUCAAGCAGCUCGCCAGCUGGGAUGUUGCGACAGACUGUUGGAAGUAAUAAACGUGGUUUUGCCCGUUUCUCCAGUUCAAAUUUCUUUGCCUUACCCAGCUCAGGAAACUGGAAUAUGGGCCGAAGUACCAAAAGUGGUUCUAUCAGCAGUAUCAGCUCUAACUCUGAUUGUUAUGACAGUCCAGUUGUGGAUCCAGAAUAUAUUAUGCAGUUGGUGAAUGAUGUCAGGAAGUUUGCAGAUGUCCUGGAGCAUUUGAAAGAAGCCUUUCUUUCAGAAGAAAGUAAAAGUUUGCAUCAUAUGGCCCAUGAGCGCCUGGGAGAGCUCUUAAGAGUAUUAAAGGUCGUUAUUAAUAAGCAUCAGUCAUUAAAUUCAGUGGACAUUCUAAGUGCAACAGGGACAGUCAUUUCUAAAGUAAAAGGUGCAAACUACAAUGAAGUAAAUGAAGACAAAAGAGAGCAUUUCAGUGAAAUAUUUGCUUCUAUUGACACGUUGGCAUUCACAUUUGGUAAUGUCAUUUCAGAUUUCCUCAUGGGAGACGUGGACUAUAGUUCAUCUGUGGGACUGCCACUGAACGGGCGAAGUCGUUCUUAUGAAAAUCUAUCCAUGGGAUCUGGAGGAUCAAUUCAGGAAAAGGAUGACCUACAAGGAGCUCUCCGAGCAGAAGAGGUUGACAACAUGUUACUUAAAAAUGACAGUGGGAUAGAGUCAGCUCUAACGUAUGCAAAAAUUUGGUCAAAAUAUACCAAAGAUAUUUUAGCCUGGUUGGAAAAACGGUUAAAUUUAGAUAUGGAAUACGCAAGAAGCUUUUCAAAAUUGGCAGAGUCAGCUAAAACUUCUAUUGGUCAACAGGUACACAUGCCAUUUCAAUCAGUGUAUAUGUCUGCUUUUGAAUAUGAUGUUGAGUAUUGUCAGGCUCUUCUGCAAACUGGAGCAGGCCUCCAAUCAAAUAAAUUUAUUCAGCCACUUCUGUUGCGAAGAAAUGAACUGGAUAAGCAGCGUAAAGAAAUUAAAGAGCAGUGGCAGCGAGAGCAAAGAAAAAUGCAUGAGGCAGAAACAUCUCAUAGGAAAGCAAAUCUAUUGUACAUUCAACGCCAAGAAGAAUAUGAGAAAGCAAGGUCUUCUACAAUUCGAGCAGAAGAGGAACAUUUGACUUUAAAUAGUGGGCUAACUGGAAAUUACAACAGACAUCUUGAAAAAAAAAGAAAACUGGAAGAAGAUGCUUUACAAAAAGCUGAAGAAGCUGAAGAACAUUUCAAAGCUUCUAAAUUGGAUGCCAAUGAAAAACGAAGCAAUAUGGAAAAUAUCAAGAGCGAUAUACUGACACAGCUACGCGAAUUAGUCUACCAAUGUGAUCUCACCUUAAAAUCAGUGACAGUUAACUUGUUUCAGAUGCAGCAUGCCCAAGUGGUCGCCCUUCCUGUUAACUACCAAUCUCUUUGUGAAAAUACCAAGCUGUAUGAGCCAGGGCAACAGUAUUCAGAAUUUGUCAAAAGUUUGCCAAAGGAGGAAGUUCCUGUGGAGCCAUAUUUAUUUCAAUUUUCAGUUUCAUCAAAUGGAGGGCUUACAUUUCUUAAAAGAGCAACAAAUAGCCCUCAUUCAUCUCAAGGAAAUUUGUCACAGACUUCAGGUGAUCUUCCACUUCAGUCACCUGAUGUUGAAAGUCCUCUUCAUAUUAGAUCCAGUAAUGGAGAGAAGCAGUCAAAUAAUAGCACUGAUCAGCAAGUCCGAAAUCAAGGGCCAUUUAGAGCUUGGCCCUUGGGCACCCAGGGAAGUGGUAUGUACAGUGAUUCAGAAAGUGGAGGAGGAAGCAGUGAGUCGCGAUCCAUGGAUUCGCCCUCUGCUAGUCCAGGAGAUUUCAAGCGAAGGCUGCCCCGAACACCCUCAACAGGCACCAUGUCUUCAGCAGAUGACUUGGAUGAAAGAGAACCACCAUCACCAUCAGACAAUGGCUUAAAUGAGAUCGUGGCAGAGAUGGCAAGUUCUCCAGGGCCCUUCCGCAAUACUCUUAUGUCAAAAGCAGCACAAACACACAAGCUACGAAAGUUGCGAGCCCCAUCGAAGUGUAGAGAAUGUGACAGCCUUGUUGUCUUUCAUGGAGCUGAGUGUGAAGAGUGUACUUUGGCAUGCCACAAAAAAUGCCUUGAGACGCUGGCUAUACAGUGUGGCCAUAAGAAACUUCAAGGUCGACUGCACCUGUUUGGCGUGGAUUUCACUCAAGCUGCAAAAAAUUGUUCUGACGGAAUUCCCUUCAUUAUUAAAAAAUGCACAUCUGAGAUUGAAAGCCGAGCUUUAAAUGUGAAGGGUAUUUAUCGGGUGAAUGGAGCAAAAUCACGAGUUGAAAAGCUGUGUCAAGCUUUUGAAAAUGGGAAGGAUUUAGUGGAACUCUCGGAUUUGUUUGCUCAUGAUAUCAGCAAUGUGCUAAAACUGUUCCUCCGUCAGCUCCCAGAGCCAUUGAUAUCAUUCCGCCUUUACAAUGAAUUUAUUGGCUUGGCCAAGGAAAGCCAUAAUAUUAGUGAUGAAAAUGAUGGGAAACCAAACAGUCUGACAGCUCACAAAAAAUGGUCAACCAACAUAGGAAUGAAGAGAGUCCUUUUUAAGGUCAAAGAUCUGCUCCGGCAGCUGCCGCAAGCCAAUUACAACACUUUGCAGUACCUCAUGAGCCAUCUCCACAGGGUGGCAGAGAAGGAAGAAGAAAAUAAAAUGUCGGCCAGCAACCUUGGAAUUAUUUUUGGGCCAACUCUCAUACGGCCAAGGCAAACAGAUGCAACUGCAUCAUUAUCUUCCCUUGUUGAUUAUCCGUAUCAGGCUCAAAUGGUGGAGCUAUUCAUAACCCACUAUGAAAAAAUAUUUGUUUCUUCACUGACUCCACCAUCACCAUCAGAAACUGAAAAUUUAUUAAUUGAAGAGAAAGACAAGACCCUGUCUUUAUCACAGGAAGAAGGUGUCACACAAAACAAAAAUCACCCAAUAACUAACAAAGAGGGUUUUGGAUUGUCAGAAUGUGAAAGGGAGUCUUCAGAAAUGGCACCUUCCAGUGAGAUCCUAAAUGAAGAGAAGGAUCUGAAAUGGCACAGAAAUGACAAUGAAUCAGGUCCAAAUGUGUCUUUCAAUGCAGAAGAUCCUGUUGAAUUGCUGAAAGGUCUACAAAAUCCUCAAAAGUCAGAUGUGCACAAGAACAGCAAAUCAUCAUUAAUUGACAAAGGUAGUCAACAGGUUGUCAAAGUCAAUAUGCGACCUCCCAGGUUGAAACCAGUUCUUCCAAGACCUGCGAGCUUGCCUGUUCCUGAAACCAUGAUUUCUUACUCCCUGAAUGACAAAAAUUCAAAAGGAUGCAGCACUACAAACAGUGAAAGGAGCCCUAUUAUUGAGGAAAUCCCGGAGAUGAAAUUUCCAUCUCGUGCAUCUACAUGCUGCAGAUAUUCAUACUAUGAUACCCAACCAUUACGUAGAACUUGGGACAAACAGUAUAAAUGUUAUGAUAUAACUCAGAAGACAGCUAUGAUUAUGGCAAAUGUUGCUUCAGAAAACAAAACACAAAGUGACAAUUCUUUUUCGCCACCCCUUACCUAUAGUGCAGGCAAUAGCUUUGCAAGUAGUUUACUUCCUAAUAAGCCAUAUACAGUGACUGUUAAGCCAAUAAGGACCACAAAGACUGAUGGGAAUUCAUCAGAGUCUCCCUCCCAUUAUGUAUUUCGUCCUCCAAGAACUUUACAACCUCCCCCUGGCACUUUUUACAAACCUCCCUCUAAUACAGUCAAGCAUACUGGAGACUCUUCGUCCAAACCUAUCGCAGCAUUAGCUGAUUUCUCUGAUUCUGUACAAGGUGACAAUGGAACAUUUAAUCCUGUAGAAGAUAUUGAAAAUGGUGUUGUAAAGAAAAUAGAGAAUCCACCAAGUCCAGCCAAAGAAGCCCAAGGAGAACAGAAACUGACAUUUCAAAGAUUGCGAUCAAAACGCAUUCCACCAGACUUUGAAUACAGAGAAGCCCAUUUUGUUUAAAGGCAUUUACCUGAACUUUUAAUGUAUUAUAUCUACCAAGUUACCUUUUCAUAUGAUUGAGAAAUGAUUUAUUUUUCUAAAUUGAGGAAACAGUGCCAUAACACCAUCUGGAAUGCAAACUUUGACAGUGAAGAUGCACCUUGAAGUGAAAUUCCUCUAGGUAGCUAUAUAGCAACAUAAAAAGUGUUGCAAUUUUCACAUUUCUGAAACUACUCUAACUUUCUAACAAAAGCUGAAGUAGUUAAUCUGAGAUAUUAAUAUUGCGUUUUAAAUUAAUUGAUUUUAAAUUCUGAAGUAAUAUACCAGUCGAAGUGCAUGUUUACCCAUUGAGGUAAUUGCUAAAUACGUGGCACAGUAUAACUAAAGCCAUACUUAGUGGCAAUAGUAAUAAGAUAAUAGAGAAUUUUUCGUAAUCAUCCAAAGUCUUAUGAGCUUUGCAUCCUCUGCUGCCAUUCUUAAUUGUGCAAUCCAAACUUACUAUAGCAAUCUUUAAAAACUGCACAAAUAGGCCAAAAGGCAUGUUCCUUAAUGUGCAAAACCCUGAAAUGUUUCCUUGUUAAUGUUUUAUCCAUAUGUUAUAAACAGAGACUUUCAAAAGUGCAAAACUUUGUCUUCACUUCAUAUUGAUGUGUGUAGCCUAGUCGAUGACCAAAAUGAUAUACUCAUUAGGGACUCUGUAUCUUAAAAUGUGAAUUGGAAUAUUACCUUUUAAUCUGUGCUUCGGUUUAUUAUUUAUAUAUGUUCAUUUUGUUGCAUGUAUGUUUUUUGUUUACAUUACUUUUUACACAAGACACUAAGCUAUGUUAAAGCAAAUAUAUUAAUUCUUGUAAAUGAAGUGUAAUGAGUUGAAAAAAAUCUUAACCUUUCAAAUAUUGCCUUAUGUAAUUUAUUAAAAUUUAGGUUUUAUAUGUAUAUUCUAUAAAUGUUACAUUUAUGUAAACUAACUGGACACAAUCAUAUAAGACAAUUAUGAAGUUCUUCUGGUUUUUCGUUGUACUGGUAAUGCUUUUAGGUGGAUUACUUAAGCCGUAGGAAAUUUCAUGGUGUAAAUUGGCAUUGUUUCACAUCAGUGUUUGUAAUGACUACUCACAAGAACGUUGCAAUGUUUUAUAAGACGUUUUACCAGUGAUGCAUUGUUCUCAGCAUUCCUUCAGGUGGGGGCAUGUAAUCUUAUGACGAUCUCAAAGGAAGGGUGAAACAUGGUUACUUCGACAUUAUGUGAGCAUUUUGGAGUGGUAUAUGUGUUAAAAUGUCUGGCGUUUUACAGUUGACACAAGCUAUCUUUGGACAGUAAAAAUGCUGGUGAUUGCAGAAUGAAGUCGAAUUGCUUUUUUCUGUCCUAAUCAUUCUACUAUAUUGCAGUAUUGGAAAUUCUGAACCAUUGCCUCCUUGUAUGGCACUAGAUUAUAAUAAAUGUUGUUUUUAUUUCGUG